CUGCCCAAUGAGUACAGUGCCUCUCGUAGUGACACAUUUGUAGAGCUCACAGAUUCGCUCACAUUCUUAGAGAUAUUUCUAAUCAAUAAGGACUACGUGGCCGGGGAUACCCUUACCAUCGCUGACAUCUCCCUGUUGGCCAAUGUUACUCUACUCGAAAUUGCAGUCGAGUUUGAUCUGAGCUCAUACCCCAACAUCUGGGGCUGGUUUAACCGAUUGAGACGAGAACUCACAUAUUAUGAUAGACUCACUAAAGUAGCUCACGAUGAGCACCGGGAGCACAUCAAGAGUGUGAGGGAUGCUCACGAAGAAUGCAUACAAUUAUUGAUGCGAUUUGAGUGGUUUGACGAGAGACUGGCCGUUAAUAAUACGAAAGCAAAUAAAGUGUUGGUAUUAGAAGGUGGUCAGUGGCACGUCAACAGGAUAUGGACACCAUCUCUGCACAUACCUAACAACAAACAGCCAGAUAUUCUGCAAACUGGUGACCAGAAUCCAGUUCUCACACACAUUCAGUCCGAUGGCAAAGUUCUGGUCAGCAAAAGGUUACUGUUUUAA